UUUUUCUACUAGUAACUAUGAAUAAGACAGAAGGAAGAGAAGGCAAGCUCCUGGAAGCUACUUAGCUGUGAGAAGGAUACUUCUUUCGUGCAGUUUAUUAAAUCCGUGAUCGACCAUCAAGGAGCAGUGUCAUAUGCAACUGCAAUCCAAUUUUGGGAAUAAGGAGUGAGAGCAAGUCAUCCACAGAAAUUGCAAGACUGGUCUUUUCGGGAACUAAAAACAGGCUCAGUUUCUGUUUGUUCAGGCAUCAAUGAUCUUUUUAAGGAUCAUGCCACCUCAUGUUAGAGGAAUACAUUGAAAUGAAUGUAAACAGAGACAAGAAUCUUUAACGGAAUGUGCAACUUAUAAAAGAAGAAGGCUAUGACUAUAAGCCUACUGUAAUGACUCUGCUCCUCUGUGAGAAACAUGCAGCAGAAAAUAUCCUGACAGCCUGCUAUGGAAAUGUACACUCUGGUUACUAAGAUUUUACACAUUACUCUGACUUCUACUGUACAAAGGUCAUGCCAUUGGAUACUCAGAAAGCAGAUUUUCAAAACAGUUCUCAGUUGUCAUUGACUCAGUGCUACAGCAACAGUGUCAGUGAUGCCAAUGAUACCCUGAAAUAUAAUCAGACCGAGAAAUGCUAUACCGUUGAAGAACUCCUUUUAACGAUAUUGGGGCCCAAGACUUCCUCAUUUGUUGCACCAAUUUCUAUGACUUAUUUAAUGAUAUUCAUUACUGGGGUAACUGGAAAUUUGCUGACAUGUGUGGUUAUAGCCAAGCACAGAAAAAUGAGAACUCCUACCAAUCUUUACCUCUUCAGCUUGGCAGUCUCAGAUCUGCUCGUGUUGAUCUUUGGUAUGCCACUAGAGAUUUAUGAAAUGUGGCAGAACUAUCCCUUCCCUUUUGGGGAGGGGGGUUGCUACUUCAAGACCUUUCUCUUUGAGACAGUGUGUUUUGCAUCAGUACUGAAUGUCACUGCUCUGAGCAUGGAACGGUACGUAGCUGUGGUUCACCCUCUCAAAACAAAGUAUGUCAUGACCAAUACUCAUGCAAGGAGGGUAAUCAUGGCUGUCUGGAUUAUUUCAUUUGUAUGUGCAGUUCCCAACACAUCACUGCAUGGAAUCUAUUACCUUCACAUACCUUCUAUGGGUAAGAUUGAGGAGUCUGCAACUUGCAUUCCACUAAAACCCAAAUGGAUUUACAACCUAGUUGUUCAGAUAACCACAGCAGCCUUCUACUUUGCACCAGUGGUUAUUAUCAGUGUGCUGUAUGUAAGGAUUGGCUACCAGCUAAACAAGGAAAGGAAGUUUCCCAUUGGAAAACUAAGCAAAAACUUCAGCUCCAACACUAGCUGGAGAAUACAACUAGAAAGCAGCAAAAGAAGACAGAUUACAAAGAUGUUAUGUAAGUAA